UCCCCAAUCCAAAACCCUAAAUCGAAGAUCCAAAAAUGGUGAAAUCAUCCAUAACCGUUUCCAUAGAAACUCUAUUCCUGUUCUUUUUCACCACCACAUUCUUUAUCUCCUCCCACGCUUCUCCAUCCCAAGAAAAACCACCGAGUUACCUAAAAAUGGUAUCCAACGCAAGCGAGUUUCCGUUAGAAGAUUACUACGACUACAUCAUCGUCGGCGGCGGAACCGCCGGUUGUCCAUUAGCCGCCACGCUAUCACAAUCCCACCGCGUUCUUGUCCUCGAACGCGGCGGAAUCAGCCACGGAAGACCGAGCUUAAUGAACCAAGAAGGUUUCUUGAACACUCUCCUGAACGCAAACAACGCUAACAACGAAGAUUCACCGGCUCAGUCGUUCGUUUCGGAAGACGGCGUACUCAACGCUCGCGGCCGCGUUCUCGGCGGAAGCAGCGCGAUCAAUGCCGGAUUCUACAGUCGUGCCGAUCGUGAGUUUUUCACGAGUUCUGGUUUGCUUUGGGAUUUGAAACUCGUGAACGAAUCGUACGAAUGGGUUGAGAGAGAGAUCGUGUUUCGUCCUGAACUGAAGACGUGGCAGUCCGCGGUUCGUGAUGGUCUUCUAGAAGCUGGUGUGGGUCCGUAUAACGGUUUCACGUUAGAUCACGCGAGUGGCACGAAAAUCGGUGGGUCCACUUUUGAUUCUUCAGGUAAACGACAUAGUUCUGCUGAUCUUUUACGCUAUGCACGACAUUCCAAUCUCAAGAUUGCCGUUUACGCUAGCGUUGAACGACUCCUUCUAGCAUCAUCUUCUUCGUUUUCUUCUGCAAAUUCUGCAACAGCAACAUCAACAUCAAGUUUAUCAGCUAUUGGUGUUCUCUAUCGCGACGAAAACGGUAAAUAUCAUCACGCGAUUUUGAGAGAUCGAGGUGAAGUGAUUCUUUCAGCUGGUGCUAUUGGUUCUCCGCAGCUUCUGCUUCUCAGUGGAAUUGGACCUAGGCCUUAUCUUUCUUCUUGGGGAAUUCCUGUUGCUCAUCAUUUACCUUAUGUUGGUCAUUUUCUGUAUGAUAAUCCACGUAACGGAAUCACGUUUCUACCGUCGGUUCCUCUUGAGCAUUCUCUCAUUGAGGUUGUAGGUAUAACUGAUUCAGGUGCUUACAUUGAAGCUGCUUCUAAUGUUGUUCCGUUUUCGACGCCGCAACAAAUGCUUUUCAUCCGUCCGGCUACUUCGCCGCUUUACUUGACAGUCGCGACGCUGAUAUCGAAGAUUUCUGGACCGGUUUCUGCUGGGUUUCUUCGGUUGGCUUCGACCGAUAUUAGGUUUAGUCCGAUUGUUAGGUUUAAUUACUUUAGCAAUGCUGUUGAUGUUGAGAGAUGUGUGAAUGGAACUAGAAAGCUAGGGGAUGUUCUUAAGAGUAGAGCUAUGAAUGAUUUCAAGUUUAGGAAUUGGUUAGGGGUUAGAGAUUUCAGGUUUAUUGGACCUGCUUUGCCGAAUGAUCAAUCGGAUUAUGUUGCAAUGGCUGAAUUUUGCAGAAGGACUGUUAGCACUAUUUGGCAUUAUCAUGGUGGGUGUGUUGUUGGUAGGGUUGUUGAUUCUCAUCUUAAGGUCAUUGGAGUUGAUUCUCUUAGAAUUGUGGAUGGUUCUGUUUUUGGUGUUUCACCUGGUACUAAUCCUCAAGCUACACUAAUGAUGCUUGGAAGGUAUUUUGGGCUAAAGAUAACAAAAGAUAGGGAAAGAUACAAUGCUCAGUGACCCUCUCUGCAAUAUCUGUUUUGCUAUGCCACAAGAGGGUGACAUUUUGGUUUUUGAAUUUGGUAUUAGAGUGUGUAAUCAUUGGUAAUGUUAGAUUUGGAUUUUUGAUGUUUACUCUAAAGUAAACUAAACACACAAUGUAUUGUAUAUACUGUAUAGAUUGGAUGUGUAAAUAAUGUUUUAGGGUGGAUUUGGAAUUGAUAUUUUCUAUCCCCUAGCUUUGAUUGGCUAGAAUAGAUUGAAUUGAAUUGUUAGUUUGCUGAAUAAUAAUGCCAAGUUGGCAAUGAUCAAAGUAUAUUCAUUCCCAAGUUUCUUACUUAUAUUCAUUCCCAAAUAUAUUCAUGUCCCUUAAUUCAAGCUGCUUGUGUUGUAAUAAUAGGUUUCUGUACUCUUUAUUUGCAUACAUGCUUUUUUUUCCCCUCUCAUAACAAAUGUUUAUCGGCAUUCUCGUUGAUUGAUAAUCUGGGUGCGUGUAGAGUUGGU